UGCAUCACUGCCACCCUGAGCAAACCCAUAACCUCUCUGAGCCUCCGUUGUUGUUUUGUCUUCCGUACUGUUUCUCUGUAUCUGGUUUCUCUCCUCCUGACCCCCGCCUUGUUACUACUUCCUUAUUUACCCCUGGAUGCCUUCCUUUUGGUCCCUCUGUAUGCCCUCCCUCUCCACGCCUAAGCUGAGGCCUCUGCCUCCCAGCCCUCCACCUCCUGCGCUUGGCCUACACUUGGUGAGAUGUAAGAGGGUCCCUCUGGGGCUGCCAGAGUCCCUAGGGUGAACAAGAGUCAAUGCCACCCCGACAGGCCGGCCCGUGGGAGGAAAUACGGCCAACCUCAUCUUACAGGGGAGGAAACAGAGGCUCCAGGAGAUUUCGGGAGCCGCUGUGCCAGGCUCAGAGGCCCUGGGCAACGGAGACAUGAUCCCAACCCGGAAAAAAACCCAGCACGGCUUGACCAGGAGCGGGGCCGUGGGCGGAGCGCGCAGGCGGCUGGGAAGAAGCUGUGGGCGGGGAGCGCAGGUGUUCCCCGACCCUGGAGACAGAGGCUCAGAGCCUGGCAUCCCUGAGAGAGGAGGGCUGAUCGGCCAGGACACGCCCAGUCUCAGCAGGUGCCCAGGCUCAGGUGCUGCACCUGGCCAUGCGCCGCCACAGGCUGGCCAUCGGCCUGGGGGUCUGCCUGCUGGUAGGGACGGUACUCUGCACUCUGUGGGUGUAUGUCGAGGACUGGCUGCCUGUCUCCUACGUCCCCUAUUACCUCCCCUGCCCAGAGAUCUUCAACAUGAAGCUGCAGUACAAGGGGGAGAAGCUGUUCCAGCCUGUGGCACAGUCACGGUACCCCCAGCCCAAGCUGCUGGAGCAGAGGCCCACAGAGCUGCUGACGCUGACGCCCUGGCUGGCGCCCAUCGUGUCCGAGGGAACCUUCAACGCCGAGCUUCUGCAGCACAUCUACCAGCCGCUGAACCUGACCAUCGGGCUCACGGUGUUCGCCGUGGGGAAGUCCCGCUGGGCCCUGGCCGCCGCCUCGGCAUCAUCCCCAUCCAGAGGCACUCCCGCUGGGAGGAGAUCUCCACGCGCCGGAUGGAGAUCAUCAGCCAGCACAUUGCCAAGAGGGCGCACCGGGAGGUGGACUACCUCUUCUGCGUCGAUGUGGACAUGGUGUUCCGGAACCCGUGGGGCCCUGAGACCUUGGGAGACCUAGUGGCUGCCAUUCACCCGGGCUACUAUGCUGUACCCCGCCAACAGUUCCCCUACGAGCGCAGGCAUGUUUCUACUGCCUUCGUGGCAGACGGUGAGGGGGACUUCUAUUAUGGAGGGGCGGUCUUUGGGGGGCGGGUAGCCAACGUGUACGAGUUUACCAGGGGCUGCCACAUGGCCAUCCUGGCAGACAAGGCCAAUGGCAUCAUGGCAGCCUGGCAGGAGGAGAGCCACCUGAACCGCCGCUUCAUCUCACAUAAGCCCUCCAAAGUUCUAUCCCCAGAGUACCUCUGGGACGACAGGAAGCGCCAGCCACCCAGCCUGAAGCUGAUCCGCUUUUCUACACUGGACAAAGACACCAGCUGGCUGAGGAGCUGACAGCAGAGCCAGGGCUGCCCUGGAGGGCGACCCCAAGCCCUGGAGCCAGCCCACCCCACAGGAGCACCAAGCUUGCCCCAGAAGAGCACCCAGCCCGCCCCAGAGGAGCACCCACCUCACCCCAGCGGAGCACCCACCUUGCCCCAAUGGAGCCGCCUUGUACCAGUGCCUCACCCCUCAAGCCUUAGCUGAUCCCAGCCCUGUCCUGCUUUCCUCUCAGUCUGCCAGGAGAAUCCAGCCAGAAAAUGGAUGUGGCAAGGCCCUUGUAAACUGUAAAGGGCUGUGCCUACUGGAGGAGAACCCAGAGGUCACACAGCAGCAUGGCCCCAGAAUGGUCGGACACGAGGAAGGGAGACCAGAGCUCAAAGAGGGUAGGCCUUCCCCCACAGACGUGCCUUCGGGGCAGGAUCUGGAGUCCCGGCUCUGCUCAGGGCCUGCGUCCCACCCCUGCCCCUCUUGUUGCCGAUUGCCCUUAAAGCUACACUUCUGACAUCCUGGUGUGAAAGGUGUCCCAGACCCCUUCUCUCUGGCUGAGGGGCUCCCGGGUACCGUGAUGUCCCCCAGCCACAUGGAGCCAGUUCCUCACUCAGGGCCCCGGAGUGAGCCUUUGACAUGGACCAGCUCUAGGCUCUCUCUGGUUUCAGGUCCAGCCUGCACCCACUGGCGGACCACACUCUCGGGCACUAGCCGCCUCCUUUGUAAGGGGGUCGGGCCAGUUUUUAAUAAAGGUUACAUGUGCUAGGCCCUAA